AUGAUAGAUAAAGCAAGAUCCAAAGUUGGGAAAACACGCGAACCAGACAGUUUCUUCGAUGUGAGUGGCGAAAGAAUACACGCUUUUAUUCGAUGUCAUCUACUUCAAAUGCGAUGUUUCAUCCUGUGUCUACAGUUCACUUUCAAUUGGUGGGAUUUUUCGACGGAUGCCUUCAAAGGGGUUCCUCGACAAUAUUCAAACGAAUUCACAUUGUUGGAUAGAGUGAUACUUAGACUGCUGUCAGGAUUAAAUCGUUGGGAUGCCGUUCACUUUUUGCACAUUGCGGAAUAUGGGUAUACUUGGGAACAGAAUUUGGCAUUUUUCCCACUUUUUCCAAUGAUGGUCCGCACACUGACGUAUUGCUGGGCUUCUCCGUUCCUCUAUUUGCAACUUCUACACUUCUCGACCGUGUUAUUGGUAUGCUUUGUUCUAUCGGGAAUGGUUCUUUAUCGUAUCGUUUUUAACGUCACCUCUUCUACAAAGCAAGCUCUACUGUCAGUACUCAUCUUUUCGAUCAAUCCUGCUAGCAUAUUUUUCUCAGCUGCAUACAGCGAAUCUUUGUAUUGUUUAUUGACGUUUAGCGGAAUACUCCUACUUUUGAAUUAUGGACACUCAAAAUAUUUAACUUUCCUUCUUGCCUCCAUCGUCUUUGCGUUCUCAUUUGCUGCUCGAUCGAAUGGGUUUCUGAAUUUUGGAUACGUAGUGUGGUACUGCUUUAUUGCCCAUUGCAAAGUGAACAACAUGUGGGAGCUAAACAAAACACCGAUUUUUACCUUAUUGUUUCAACCCUUUCUACUUGCCCUAAAAUUAUUGCCGUGCUUUUUCAUUAUGCUCUCGGUUGUUCAUUUCCACGGAUUGAAUGAGUAUCAAAGGUUUUGUGUGCCAAAACAAACUGUGAAUCCUUCAUAUCUUCUUGAUUUUGCCGAAGCAGAGAAUUUUUUGGUUCCAGGAACGCACGACUUUGAUUGGUGCAAGGACUCUUACUUUGAGUCGCUGUCAUUUCUUCCGCCUUGGUAUACUUCUAUACAACAUAGAUAUUGGGACGUUGGGUUUUUUGCUUACUGGAAGUUAACAAAACUACCCUGUUUCUUGUUAGCGAUGCCGGCAUUCAGCAUAUGUCUAUUUGGAGUUCGUACAACCUUUAAUUUGUUGAGCAGCUACGGGUCAUUUUCUACAUUCAUCAACGAUAGCAUCCACCUAUUACCAUUCUGUCUACAUGCGCUAUUUAUGGCAUUAAGCGCUAUUUUUGUUUACAAUGUUGAGGUCUUUACAAGGAUAUUCUUCUCAUCGAGUCCAUUUCCAUAUUUGAUACUGGCCAAAUGGAUGAGUGAUCUCACGCCUCGCGACACGAGCGCAUUGCGCACCCGUUGCUCAGAUGAGAUGGACCAUUCGUACAAAUCUUCUUGUUCUACGGAUGGCGAACCCCCGGUUAAAAUGAGAGCAUUGAACAUUGACUAUGAAGAAAGAAAUUUGAGAAACAAGCCGCUCACCGGAUUAGAAGCUGAGGAUCUAGAUGUUGUCAAAGCAUGGAUUUGUACCCCGCCUUCGAAUAAUCCUUUGCAAAGCUAUAAUGAAACCAUCGAAGAAUGGUGGCACCACGCCUUUGAUAUUGAGGAUCAGCACUCUGUUGAUUAUCAAACUAAUCAAUUCACUCGAGAAGGCAUACAACGUGUACUCAUUUGGAAGAGGCACCAAUUGAGGCUCAAUGAAACACCAUGUGAUGGUGCAGAAGAGGCAUCUCACGCUGCCACGCAAACGAUAGCAACAAGUAUCGACUUAUUUGACGACAAAAAAGAAAAUAUUGACAAAAUUCCCUUGCCAAAAGUUUCAAGUUCAGAAAAGUCAGUACAAGUACCUACAGGAGAGCUGAACAUGGUGAAGGUACAACAAGAACCGAAAGAACAACUAGAAACUUCAUGGACUCAAGAACAACUCAACACUCUGCACUUUUACAAUUACUGGGCCCCAAUCAUUUUGCAACUUCAACUGCAGGCUGCUACGGCACAGCAAAGUUUAUUGGUUCAUGCUGCAAAUUACAAUGGUCCACUCCCGCGUUCUGUGCCAUCUCCAAACGUCUCUACACCGCUCUCACUUCCGGACAGUUCAUUGGCGCUGCUCAAAGAUAAUUGCGAGGCGCUGCAAGUUGCAGAAGUCUCAGCUGGAGAACCCUCUACACAAGAAACGACUUAUUCACCAAUGCAAUUAGACGUGCCAGACAAUGCCAGUUCGAGAGGUAGUGUAUCGAUGAGCAUUUCAAGUGGUCGAAGCUCUGAAGAAAGCAAACAAGAAAAAGUUAUCAUAGAAUCUUCAACAGCAAGCCAUAGUUUUUCGGCAAAAACUCAACGCGAGAACAUUGCAAUUGAAAGACAACACGUGUUCGCGGAUUCUGUGCUCGAUCCAAUCAAACAAUCACAAAACAAUCAAACACCAAGUAAGGUUUCGAUGGCUAAAGGCAUUGAAAUAGAACGAAAACGGAAGCACAAAUCGCCAACACAAAGUGGAAAGUCGAAGAAGAAGAAAAGACCACAGAAUGGAGAAGAAAGUCACGCAGAAGAAGCAAAGCUUUUACUAUUGCCGACACGACAAAGCGAAGCUCAACAAUUGUUGGUAGCGGCAAGGGCGAAGAAACUAGCACUGAUUGAAGGUCCAAUCGGAAGUGGAAAAAGUUUCCUCGCGCAGGUGGUUGCUGAUAACCUUCAAGUGCCAAUUAAGAUCUUACAAAUGGGUGAUCAAACUGAUUCAAAGAGUCUAUUUGGAGCUUAUCACGGAACCGAGGUUGCUGGACAAUUUAUCUGGGCAUCUUCUCCAUUUACUAAAUGGCUGAGCGAACCAUGUUUGAUUUUGAUUGAAGACAUCGAUCAUGCCUCUUCUGAUGUUGUUUCCAAGAUAAUCACUUUAUUUGAAGAACGAAUCGUCACUUUGCCAAAUGGUCUUGAGGUGACACUCCAUCGCGAUAAUUGCUGUUUAGCCACAAUAUCUGAAAAUGGUAAACGAAGUUGCUUGCUCGAAGGCAUUUCUGUCCGAGUUGCGUUGUCAUCAUUCACCGAUAAUGAACUUCAGCGAUUGGUUAGCCAAGCAUUUCCUCGAAUAUCGCACAUUGCAAGAACACUUUGUCAGGCUUUUCGCGAAGUUGAGAAACUGCCGGCAACAGGCCAUUCUCGAAAUUUAACAGCAACAGAAUUCAUUCGAGGGUGCAAACGAAUGUCUUAUUUGAGUGACUUGACUGAUAAUAUCACAGUUUUCACGGAACUUAUCGACACAUGGUGUUUAGCCGAUCACGAAUCAAGAGCCUCAAAGUUGUGUAGCAGGGUUGCUUCGUCAUUAUCCAUAUCAGCAGAUCAAAUGAACCAUCAUUUGAAUAUUCGACAGCCAACUCUGCGGCUAGACGACACCACCGUUUUCAUUGGAAGAAAUACGCUUGAGAGAGAAGCCACGUUAAAGACCAAUAUUCAAUCGCAACUUGGAUACACAAAGGAUGUUCUACUUUUGAUGGAAAGAAUUGCCACGUGUGUUCAAUAUAAAGAACCUGUUUUAUUGGUGGGCGAAACAGGAGUCGGAAAGACAUCAAUCGUUCAAGCGCUUGCAGGAAUGUUGGGUGUGUCGUUGCGGGUUGUAAAUUUGAGUCCAACUUCCGAUGCAGAUGAAUUGAUCGAAGGUUACAAGCCUACAUCGACAGCACACUUGCUUGAGCCGUUCACAAAAACUUUUUAUGAACUCUUCAGUAGCUCGUUCGAUUCAACGAAAAAUCAAAAAUUCGCCAAACAUUUGGAAGAAUGUCUCACACAUGGCCGAUUCAAGGACUAUCUCUCUGUUGUGGAAGUCACCGCGCAGAAAGCAAUUUGCCGACUAGAAAAGGAUGGAAAAGCUAAAGAAAUACAGAAAAAGUGGGCCGAUUUGAUUGUCAGAGCAAGACGAAUAAAAGGAGGACUCGCAAAGAACGCUUUGUUAUUCACUCUUACCAGUGGCGCUGUUAAAGAAGCUGCCGACAAGGGAGAUUGGCUACUGAUUGAUGAGAUUAACUUGGCGUCUCCAGAGUGUCUUGAUGCUAUUAUGUCAUCAGUCGAGCACUCACAUCCAAAUUUUCGACUUUUUGGUUGUAUGAAUCCAGCUACAGAUGCCGGAAAGAGGAGAUUGCCAGCUGGGGUACGCUCAAAAUUUACCGAAUUCUUUGUCACAGAAACAACUGAUCGCUUUCAACUUGCACAGAUUGUCACGACUUAUCUACCAUCACUUCAAGCAAGCAUCACAGAAAAGCUGGUCAACUUCUAUCUGGAUGUUAAAAAAAUGUUUCCAGCACAUUUCAGUUUGCGCACAUUUUGUCGGGCUCUUCUUUUUGCAUCGGACAAUAUUUUCGGAAAUGUAGAACGUUCAUUACAUGAAGCAAUUCAUAUGGCUUUCCUCACAAACUUCGAGAUUCAAGAAAAACAACAAGUGUUGGAGAAGAUCGAGUCGUACUUUCCAAGGACAAAAUCAAAAAAUGAACUUGCUCCUCCUGGGUCUUCGAGCGAUUAUGUUAAGGUCGGAGGAUUUUGGAUUAAAUGUGGCACCGAGUUUCCUCAAACCGAUCCGAACUACGUGGUGACCAAAUCCGUUCAAGAAAAUCUGACCGAUGUUAGCAGAGUUAUUUGUAGUGGGCGGUUUCCGGUGUUGCUCGAAGGCGAAACAUCGUCAGGGAAAACAUCAAUGAUUCUUUAUCUCGCGAAGCUUACGGGAAAUAAAGUUAUAAGAAUCAACAACCACGAACAUACAGAUAUCCAAGAAUAUAUGGGAUCCUAUGUAGCUGACUCGUGCGGGAGGCUUGUUUUUCGUGAAGGAGCUCUUGUUUCGGCUGUGAAAAAAGGCUACUGGGUAAUACUCGACGAGUUGAAUUUGGCGCCCACUGAUGUGAUUGAAGCAUUGAAUCGACUGCUCGACGAUAACCGCGAGCUGUAUAUUCCGGAAAUCAAUAAAGCUGUCAAAGCUCAUCCGUCAUUCCGUCUAUUCGCUACACAAAAUCCUGCCGGAACUUAUGCGGGUCGAAAGAGAUUAAGCAGAGCACUUCUUUCACGAUUUGUUGUUAUGCGUAUGUCUCACCUACCGUUCGAUGAAUUGUCGUCAAUGGUCUGUACUCGGUGUUCAAUUCAUCCAAAAGCAGCCAAUAAAAUGAUCGAGGUUCUUUCCGAAUUACGGUUACGACGCUCUUUAUCCGGCGUGUUUUCUGCUCGUGACGGAUUGAUGACUCUGCGUGAUGUUUUUAGGUGGGCAAAAAGACUAGCGAUGGAUGAAAAGGAAGAGAAUUGGCUAAAAUCACUUGCCAAUCAUGGAUAUUUUCUUUUGGCCGGUCGAUGCAGAAAUGCAAAAGAUGUGCAAACUGUAAUCAGCACUCUUGAAAAAGUUUUCAAGCAAAAGAUCGAUGCAGAUGUCUUAUUCUCGACGAAUUCAAUCUAUUUUCCGAAGGAUUUAAACACGGAAAACAUCAUUUUAACCAGAGGAAUGCGUCAAAUGCUCGUGAUGACCUACCAAGCAUGGCUUUGCGACGAAGCUGUUCUAAUCGUGGGAGAAACUGGAGGUGGAAAGACAAGUCUCGCAGAAAUGAUGGGGAAGGGACAUUUGCUGACGUUGAAUUGCCACGAACGAACGGAGACAGCUGAUCUUCUUGGUCGAUUGAGACCUCGUGAUGGCGGAGGAUUCGAAUGGGCCGAUGGAAUUGUCAUCAAUGCGAUGCGAGAGGGGCUCCCAUUACUUAUUGACGAAAUUUCCUUGGCUGAAGACUCUGUACUUGAGCGUUUGAAUCCACUUUUCGAGGAAAAUCGAUCUCUACUGUUAACCGAUGCAGGUGUCGAGGUUCAAUUGGUUGAAGCGGCGAAGGAUUUCAAGAUCAUCGCAACAAUGAAUCCUGGUGGUGACUAUGGAAAGAAAGAGCUCUCCAAAGCUUUGCGGAAUCGAUUCACAGAAAUAUGGUCAGCGUGCGACUUUGAGAAAAGCGAACUAUUGCAAAUUUUUGAUCUACGUUUGGAAAAGUUUCUUACGUCUGGAAACAGUUUGGAGAAACCAACAUUUGCUUCAGAGAUUAUCAUCUCUUGGAUAACUUCUUUCUUUCACGAAUUUGGACAUGUCUUCAGGAGUGCACCAUCAGUUCGAGACAUUGUGGCGUGUGCUGAUUUGUAUGCAGCAGCUAGACUACAUGAAAUCAACGAAAACGUCGCUAUCUCUGAGGCAAUACAUUCGUGUUUUCUUGAUGGUCUCUCCUCAUUGCCUUCUCGCAUAUCGAUUGACGUGACAAAAGUCAAACAAGAGGCCGACCAAUUGAUCAAGAAACUUUUACCGACGUUGUUGCACUCACCGAUAGAUUCUUGCAAUUUUGAACGCCGAUCACAUGCUCUGAAGAUUGGGCCAUUUUCCAUCCCCUUUGGACCGUCACCACCUGAACACCCAGUUGGAUUUUCUUUUGAUGCCCCGACUUGCUGGUCCAAUUUCUACCGAAUUGCCAGAGGUCUCUUGAUUUCAAAGCCGAUUCUUUUGGAAGGAUCUCCGGGAUGUGGGAAAAGUAGCUCGGUUGUUUCACUUGCGCGUGUCACAGGACAUCAAAUCACUCGUGUGAACUUAUCGGAGCAAACGGAUCUAGCGGACUUAUUUGGAAGCGAUGUACCUGUCUUGUUGCCUGAUGGAACAGUGUCUUUCCAGUGGCAGGAUGGACCAGUUCUUCGAGCUAUCAAGAACGGCGAAUGGAUUUUACUUGAUGAGAUGAAUUUGGCGUCUCAAUCGGUUCUGGAGGGCCUAAAUGCUUGUUUUGAUCACCGACACACCCUCUACAUUGCAGAAAUCAAUCGAAGUUUUAAAAUUCCAAUUGGCUCAAAAGUGCGGUUCUUUGCUUGUCAAAAUCCACGCGCCCAAGGUGGAAAUCGACGAGCUCUUCCGAAGUCGUUCAUCAAUCGAUUUACAACGAUAUGGAUUGACGACCUUACCUCCGAUGAUAUCUAUUAUAUUUUACGCGAGAACAAGUUAUCGAAUGUCAUUGAUGACUCUUCAUUAAAAGCUAUGAUUGCUGUCAACAAGGAAGCAUCUUCACUAGAAACUCUUCAUGGAGGACCAUUCACAUUCAAUCUACGAGAUUUGUUAAGAUGGAUUCAACUGUACGACGAGACGCAAAGCUUAGCAUCUGGAUUUGACACUCUCUAUGUUGCAAGGAUGAGAAACGAAAAGGACAAAGAGACGCUCAAAGCUAUUUUCGAGCAACAUUUUCUCUUCAAAAGUGCCAGUGUUCCUGCAAUGUUAACAACUGAAGCCAAAAGCAUGUUGAUCGGAGAUAUGGUGCUUGAGCGAAAAGUGACAAAAGGAGAAAAUUCUUCAUUCCUUCUUCUACCUUCUCAAGCUACUUCACUUUAUCGUCUGGCAACAUGUGUGAAGAUGGGAUGGCUAUCAUUAUUGAUUGGACCAAGAAAUUGUGGAAAGAAGACAAUGAUUGGUGCAAUGGCCACGUUAACGGGAGCUGAACUAAUGACGAUGAAUUUGAGCGCUGAUACAGAUGCCCAGGAGCUUAUUGGAAGUUAUGAACAAAUCAUCGACGAUUCUCAUAUUCAUCAAGCAAGAAAAGUGUUAUGCUCACGUCUCGAGGGAUUGGUUGACAAUGAAGAAGUUGAUGCUAUAAGAAAUGCAAAAACUUUGAUGGGACUAGAAGCGGCGGUUGAGUUAGCUUUGUCCACAAGUAAACUGGCUUCAGAGGUUAUUGACGAGUGUCAAGCCGUCCUUGAGAUGGCGGCUAAAGCGGAUAUCAGAUUUGCCUGGAUGGAUAGCAAAUUUGUUGAUGCAUUUGUGAACGGACAUUGGAUACUUCUCGAAGAUGUGAAUUUGUGCAGUGGAGCAGUUUUGGAUCGACUCAACAGUUGUUUGGAAGCAGACGGAGAACUUGUGAUUGCUGAACGUGGCGAUUUUAUUCCACUUCGUCGCCAUGCCGAUUUUCGAGUGUUUUUGUCAAUGGACCCUACUAAUGGUGAAAUUUCGAGAGCGAUGAGAAAUCGAAGCGUUGAGAUUUUUGUUGAUAAGUUAUGGGCGAACAGCUUGGUAGAUACUAAAGCCAUCGUGGAAAAACAGGCUGCAACAAAUGUUAAUCUUUCGGAUGAGUUUCUGACAUUCCUGGCUAAGUCGAACAGCCGAAAUCUACUUCAUUUUGGAGUGCUUCUCAAUGGAUUUGAGCCCGAGGAAGCUGCUCGGUGUGUGGGCAUUCAAGUUGAUGGCGAUGCACUAGAAGUUUCUGAAAAGUCCUGCUUACAUCAACCACUAACAACUGAAAUCGUUGACCUUCAAGCGUCGUACUUGAAUUGGUGGUUCAAACUUUGGACCAUUGUCAGCGCGGAUGAUCCUUUGGGCGGUUUGCUAAUGAGAAGUUUGGCAGCAAAUGCCCCAGCUUUGAAGAGCGAUAAAUGGAAUGACUCGCAACAAGCAAACAAAAUCCUAAAUCGGGUGAGAAGAGUCAUCAAAUCGUCUCCCAACAAUCUACACCCAAUCGAUUCACGAUUUAACGGAAUGACAAGAUUCAAUGAUGCUUCUUUGUUCGCUGUCAACAUCUUUCAAGAAUGGUCUUCACUUGAAAUCGAAACAAAGCCUUUGGGAUUGCAAUCGGCAGAAAAUCUCUCAAAUACGCUGUCAAAAUAUGAAAUGGCUUUGAAUAGCUUUGCUUUUGAAGGACUUCCCCUGCUAUCAUUACUGAUAAAAGAAGCCCGACAGCAUCUGGGCGAGAACAUUUCAAUCAAGAAGGUGGACGUGACCGAAGCACAAUCGGCCACUUUUUUACUUCGGUUGUUGAUGUUUUGCAUUAAAGCUCGUGAAGAUUUGAAUGAACGUUUUGGACCGGCUCAUCUUUAUAUUGCUUGGACCAAAUUACAACAACUUGAUUGUUAUGAUUUGAUCUCUCAAAGUUUUCCAUCUUUCCAAACUUUCUCCCGUCUUUGGUCAUCGGACGCAUUUGAUGUGUUUGUGAAGCAUUAUUUAAGUCGUUACAAAACCGCUCGUGCCGUGAACCCAUUUGAGAACGAAGAAACAUGCCAGGAGUUUUCUCAAAAUUUGGAAAGAGUUUUAAAGAGAAUCAACAGAAUGGAUGACGCUUCGGAGUCGAUCAAGCAAGAGGAAGAGCCCAUCCAUUUGGCUCAAAAGUUGAUCGCUGGCGCAGAAUCAUUGCUCAAAUACUUUUACACCUUGGACGACAAUAAAAGUCACGAACUUUUGAUGAGUCUGGAAGUUUACGAUAAUUUUGUUUGGAACUCUGAAUAUUUGAAGAAACCAGCGUGUAUAUCAAACUUAUUGAAUGCAUUCUUCUUUAGGGACCUCACGGUGUUCAAUUUGUCACAAGCCUCGUCAUUUUUCAUUUCGACGUCGGCUUUCUGGGAAAGCUUUAGCUAUGACCCUUCUAUGUCAGCUAUGAAGAUUCGAGAUUUAUUUAAUCUUUCGAUUCAAUCAUUGCGCUCACAAUUUUGGCGUUUGGCUGCCAAUGCUCAAUCUUUACAGGAGAAGAUCAGUGAUGAGCUCUCAAACUUACCACUCGGAUUAGAAGAAUGGGUGAAUCUGGAGGAAAGAACGUCUACAUCAUGGAAAGAUCGUCUGCACGUCGGCUUGGCUGCUAUGAAAUCGUCAUGUCCACCAAAAGAAACGCUGGAUCCUUUGGUGUUUGGGGAAGCGACAAAUAACUACAUCGAAGAAUAUCUCUACCUUGUGAAUCGUCCCUUGAAAUGUUUGGAGUCUUAUCGUCAACUUUCUACUCAACAAGGGCCGGAUUGUGACGCGAAUUCCCCUCAUCCGAUCAUUUCUUCACUUUGGGGAGAACGUGAACACCUAAAAAUGGAGAUCAAUUCGGACAAUGGCCAACAACAUUUCUAUCGUCAAAAGGCCAAAGAAUAUGCGGCCUUGAUCUAUGAAAUGCAUUCGAUUCUGCAAUUGACAACAGAAGUAUCAGAGACAUUGGGAAAAGAAGACAUUUUGCUGACCGGACUUUCGGAGAUCGAAAUGAGCUUUAAUCAACUGAAUUCUUUCCUCAGCAGUGUUCAAUCUUUUAUCUUUGGUUGCUUCCAACGAUAUUCAUCCUUUGUGGAUGUCUCCGUCACUUUUAUCGUGUCACUUUCGGUUCUCACGGCUGCAGUUUUGGAGAUUACCUCAAUGUUGAAAACGCGCAUGGAGAAACAACGUUUGAUCACGGAGUUCAAUUAUCCACAGAAGUUAUCAUUCACCUUGGCGUCAAAUGAACCCAUACCAAAAGAGUUAGAGGUAUGGGCUGUGGCAGACAGCUCUCCUUUGCCUCUACGAUUAAAAGCCCGAAUUGUUGGUAAACGUUCUCAAGAAUCAGAAGUUUCCGGCUCGUUAGAAUGGAUCAAAGAAGAGUGGAAGAAAUGGCACGAGAAAUAUGUCAAUAAAGCCAAGGAAAAGGAAUUUGUCUACCGCGAUAAGACACAAGAAGAACGAGACGAUGCAGAACAAGAAGAGUUCUUCGAGAAUAUUGUUGAAGACAGUUCAGAGAUUCUGACAGCCAAUCAGUUAUCCGAAUUGAUCAACGAAACCUCUACCAUCAAAAAUUCAAAUGAUGCUCAUGGACGAUUGCACGACGACGAGAAACUAGCGCUUCUCUGGUUGAAGAAUCUUGCUUUCAAUGCUGGAGAUUUGCCUUUAGAGUCUCAAUAUCAUUUUGCAGAUCGUGAUCUCUCCCUUCUUACCGUUUGGGACAACUAUCAAACAAGGAGAGGACCUUUGGAUGUUUAUCGAAGUUGCGAUCAUACAGAAAUCAAAAAAGCGUUGGACGUUUUGAAAAUUCUACGUCGUCGAACUCUUGAAGUUCAAGAACGAUGGCCGGAGGUUGCCUCACUCCGAUUAAUACUUGAAGCUAUUGAUGAAUUUGAAGAGGAAUCUUUGACAACGAAUCACAUGCGGCUUUCACUUAGGCUUGAGACUGUCGUAGCUGUAUCUGAGGAAUGGAUCAAAUUGGCCGAUCGAGCAAAUACAAUCAAGGAGCAGUUGGCACCGAUAGUUGAACUGUUAUUGGAGUGGAAAAAAAUGGAGGUUCGUUCUUGGUCGAUUUUGCUUGAACGAACAGAAGAGGACUCUAAAACUCAAGCGCAACUUGUUGCCUAUCCAUUGUUCGAGAGGCUGUUUUUAGCUUCUGAAAGCGAUCUCGAAACGCAUCUUGUGCCACAAGCAAUCGAAUGGAUUCAACAUGGAGUUUUAGUAGAUUACCCGACUAGAAUCGAAAGCGUGCAAAGUCUUUCUACGUGGGCCAAGAAACUUGGGAAGAGUUCAUUAAGCAAGAAGCUUACAUCAGUUGCUGCACAUUUUGCUCAAUUCGCCUCGUUGACAAAAGCUCGUUUGGAUGAAAUGCGCUCACCGAUUGAAACAGCCCUAAAGGACUAUGUUCACAUUGCAAAAUACAAUGAUCUCAAUUUGGAAAAUAUCAAAGCCUCGUCAAAGAAAGCUCACAUUCAACUAUUCAAGAUUAUCAAGAAAUUUAAGAAUGGCUCCAAUCAACCAGUUGGCUUACUGCUUCAGAAGUUGAUUUCAAUCGAGUCGGUUGCGCGACCUCGUUUGCAAGAAUUGAAAUUGGUGACAACGAACGGAGAAGGGCGACUUAAACGUGCGCAACAACUUUCCACAAAUAUUCUUGAGAAAAUUUCCGAAAACUGUUUGAACGGACCGUUUAUUGAUUUUGAGCAACAAGUUCGGGGAUGCGAUGAAUUAGUCCGAAUGAAGAUCAAGUAUGAAGGCGAAGACAAGGAUAAAGAGAAGCAACAAGGACAUGAAAAUCAACGACGACAGCGAGCAGUGGCUAUGGUGAUCAAAGAGGCUCAAUCACUCGGCUUUAAUGCCAGACGUGCCGUGACAAUCAGUAGAGAACUUCUGACGAAAAGCUCGAUCACCGGUUUACAACACGAUCUCUCUACGUUACCUUGUGAGAUGCUAGUACGCGGAGCAGCUGCUGGCAGGAGCAACAUUGUUCAACAAGCACUCACCCCAAAUGAACAACUUGGCGUACACACCAGGAACCAUUUUGUCGGAAUGGUGGAAUUUGGGUUACAUUGGCAAAUACAAACCGAAUUGCUUUAUGAGAGACUUGCUCAACAAUUUGUCGAAUUUCGUGAGCUCAAAGCGACUAUUCAGUCUGCGGAAAAGAAUGCUAAGGAUGGAUAUUAUAUUGAUCACGAUCACAUCACUCUUGAAUUACCAUCACUUUUCGAGAAUAUCGUUCAACUAUGUACGAUUUUUGAGGAUUGUCAACAAAGAUGUAAGAUGGCUCCAGAUGCUAGCGAAGGUCAAGAGGCUCCGUAUCUUCAUAAAUUGUCAACUCUUCACCGUGGUCACAAUAAACUCGAACUUCUUGAGGGAUUACUUGAUGAAGCUUCGACGUUAUCUAAUCAAAUGAAGGACAUGGUCAAAUCUCUUCUCAACGCGAAACAAUUUAAAGGAAAUGCCAUAUACGCAAGGGAAAAGGUCGAAUCCGCAAAUUUGUGUCUCACAAGUUGCACCCAGCGUCUCCAAGAGCUUUGUCUGGAUUUGUCGCCUUGGUUUGAGAUACAGAUGGAGAGAAUUAAUGGACUUUUGGGAAAAGUUGCAAUCGGUAUUGAGGUGAAACCACUUUCAUCGAGUGAAAAUGAAUUCAACGCGGAUUUCUUAUUGCUUUUCAUUCAGAAAAUUUACAAAGAGACGGAGAACCUUGAUAUCGAGAAGUCAAAAACCUUGGACCGGUACGACCAUUUUUUGAAGCUCAUUGGUGAAAACGAUGUUGCAAAAGUCAUUACGCAGCUUUCAUCAUUGGUACACAAAUUGGCUAUGGCUGAAAUAAUCCAAAGUUUGUUCGAUGUCUCUCAACUUGUGUCCUUGUGUUUCUCCCUAUUUGAAGUGAUGGUAUCAAAAGUGACCUCACUGUUGAGUACUUUUUCUGCAUGCUAUCAUGCAGUUCUAUCCUUGACGGACCAAUUAUUCAAAGAGGGCUAUGUUAACCUCAUUCCAAAGAAGGAAGAAACCAAGAAUCAAGAUGGAGUCGACGCUGAUGGUGAAACUGGCGGCAUGGGAGAGGGUCACGGAGGAAAGGAUGCAAAAGAUGUCACUGAUGAGAUGGAAGAGACUGGACAAAUAGAAGGACUUCAGGGUGACGAGCCGGAAACGAAUGAUGAAGGGCCAUCAAUGGAAAAUGAGACUCCGAUUGAAAUGGAAGAUGAUUUUCCGGAAGAACUUCGCGAUAUCGAUAAGAAUGAUCAAGAGAAAAACGAUAAAGAAAACGAAGAGAAUGAUGAGGAAGAAGAAGAAGGAGAAGAGCCGAAAAUGGAUGACGAAAUGGGACAGGUCGAUAUGCCUGAAGAAGAAAAACUCGAUCCUAAGUUGUGGGAUGAAGAUGAUCGAGAAAAUAGAGAGAAAGACAUUGAUCAGGAAAAUAAUGCUGCCGAUCAAGAGACAAAUGAGUUGGCUGCUAAAGAAAAAGAAAAGAAUGAUCAAGCUUCUGAUGAGAACACAGCUGAUGCCACAAAUGAAGAUAAAGAAGAAAACGACAUUGAAAAUGUUGACGAAAGAGAACAAGAAGAUGUGGAGGAUGAUGCGCGAUCCGUUCAGGGAGAUGAAAGCAAUGAGCAAGAUCUACAAAACCCAGAUGAUGUAGAGGAGCCUGAAAUCGAUCUUGUGGAUAAACUCGAUACUGAAGAAAAUGAGGAAAUGGAUACAGAAGAAUCACCGCAAGAAAUCGAGCCUGAUGAAAUGCCAAAUGAAGAGGGCCAAGAUGAAACCACCCAGCUACCGGAGAAAGAAAAAGGAUUGGAGGAAAAACAAGAAGAGCAAGAAGUCGAUCCACAAGGAUCAAGUGGAAUUCAAAAUGAAGAAGCAGAAAAACAGGAUACGGGAGCGAUGGAGUUGGAGACAGAAGAAAAUAUGGAGGUGGAAGAAGGCAUGGGGUCCAAUCAACCCGACUCAUCUGGACAAGCUGGAAAAGGGCUAACCAAGGAGACGAUCGACAAGAAAAAAGCGGAUGAAGAGCCAACUCAAAAUGAGCAAAUGGAGGACCGGCAGGAGAAAGCGACGACAGACAUGGGUGAAAGUGAAGAAAGAGACAUGGAAGAAGGUGAUGGAGAACGAAAUGAAAAGGGAGAACUGGCAGAACGUACCAAAGAUGACUCUGGAAAACAGAUAAUUGGUCAUGGAUCAAUGGAAGAAGCCCGAAAAAGUAAGCGAGAUGAGCCAUUGAACGAGAGGAAACGCCUUCAACAGGAUCCGCUUUCAUCAUUGAAGGAAGAUAUUCCGAAUGACGACUCUGAAAAUGAACCAUUGCAAGAAUCGCAAGCGAUUGUUCAUUUGGCUGUUGAAGAUCUUUAUUCGUUAGCCGAGGAUGUCACCAAACAGUUGGUUCUUGGUGCUUGUGAACCGAAUCAACCAACGGAAACCAGAGAUGAAAAUCAAAUCAGCAAAAGAUCAAACAAUGUCGAUGCCUUGUGGUCAGAAAUCAGUCGAUCAAUUGAUGUUCUUUCUGCUGAAUUAGCUGAAAAUUUGCGGUUAAUUUUGGAACCUCAACGAGCCACGAAAUUACAAGGUGACUAUCGAUCAGGAAAACGUUUGAACAUGCGACGCUUGAUUCCAUACAUUGCAUCGGAGUAUCGAAAAGAUCGCAUUUGGAUGAAGCGAACAAAGAAAGCACAACGCGAGUACCAAAUUCUGAUAGCGGUUGAUGACUCAGGCUCGAUGAAUGAAUUUGGAAUGGGACGGGUAACUUGCGAAAGUGUUUGUAUAGUCGACGAGGCUCUACGAAAAGUCGAUGCUGGACAAGUUCAGGUUGUUUCAUUUGGCGAGAACGUUCGAGAACUGCGUGGAUGGAGUCAGAUUGGUCAGCCAGGAUCAGAGCUCCUUUCAACGCUACAAUUCGAGCAAACAAAAACGGACCUCAUUGAACUUCUUACCUGGUCAACUCGAAGUUUGGGAGAAGCUCGAACAACAAAUAGUGAUCAAUUACUUAUUAUUAUCUCUGAUGGACGCGGUGCUUUACAGCAAGGAGCAGAAAAGGUUAAAAUGGCUCUGCGUGGUUUAUAUGGAGUUACUGUGCUGUUUGUAAUUCUUGAUACAGCAAAGAAAAGCAUCGAAGAGAUGAGUGUCGCUUCUUUUGAAAACAAACAAGUCAAGUUGACUCCAUAUCUUGCACUAUUCCCAUUUCCAUUCUACGCUGUGAUCAAAUCUGUUGCUCAAUUGCCGUCAGUGCUUUCUGAAUCGAUCCGUCAAUGGUUUGAAAUGUGCGCGCAAAACUGGGAAGUGGCUAUGACGGACCAUCACGGACAUCAUUCGACACAAACGAAUGCGACGCCGCCCAAAGAUGUGGUUGACCAAUUUAUUGGGCAAGGAAUUAACGACUUCAUGGCGGCAAUGGACGGAAAAGAAGCAGCCUCUCAUUCGGCACACAAUGGGCACGAGCAUAUGGGACACGAUUCCUCCGGACAUGACGGAGGACAUCACAUGAUGAAAAUGUGGUUCCACGGUGGAUAUGAGGAGGUGAUUCUUUUCGAGUGUUGGAGGGUAAAUUCGAUUUCCGGAAUGCUCGUCUCGUGUGCGAUCAUUCUGACGAUGGGAAUUGCCUACGAAGCACUCAAAUGGGGCCGCGUUCAUUUACAGACAAGAUUAGCGAAGUCUUUGACGCCAAUUCACCGGAGAAGUUUCUUCCAAAUUUUGCUACCAUGUCUAUACGUGAUUCAAUUAGUUCUCGCGUACUUCUUAAUGUUGAUAGCAAUGACGUACAACAUCUUCUUAACAGCUGCGGUCAUUUUGGGAGGAGGUAUUGGUCACUGGGUAUUCGCGGUCAUCCAUCCGAUCAUUUCCGAAGACGAACUUGCCGCCGAUUCUUGCCAC